UGGAAGAAGAAAAAAAAGAAUUCCCAAACUCGGUGAGAAGAGCUCCCUCACCAUGAGUAGUGCUGUGUUGGUGACUCGCCUCCCGGACCCCAGCAGCAGUUUCCGCGAGGAUGCCCCUCGGCCCCCAGUUCCAGGCGAAGAAGGGGAGACCCCACCGUGCCAGCUGGGAGUGGGCAAGGGCCAGGUCACCAAACCCAUGCCUGUCUCCUCCAACACCAGGCGGAAUGAAGAUGGGCUGGGGGAGCCAGAGGGGCGGGCGUCCCCAGAUUCCCCUCUGACCAGGUGGACCAAGUCCUUGCACUCCUUGUUGGGCGAUCAAGAUGGUGCUUACCUCUUCCGGACUUUCCUGGAGAGGGAGAAAUGCGUGGAUACCUUAGACUUCUGGUUUGCCUGCAAUGGAUUCAGGCAAAUGAACCUGAAGGAUACCAAAACUUUACGAGUAGCCAAAGCGAUCUACAAAAGGUACAUUGAGAACAACAGCAUUGUCUCCAAGCAGCUGAAACCUGCCACCAAGACCUACAUAAGAGAUGGCAUCAAGAAGCAGCAGAUUGAUUCCAUCAUGUUUGACCAGGCACAGACUGAGAUCCAGUCGGUGAUGGAGGAAAAUGCCUACCAGAUGUUUUUGACUUCUGAUAUAUACCUCGAAUAUGUGAGGAGUGGGGGAGAAAACACAGCUUACAUGAGUAAUGGGGCACUGGGGAGCCUAAAGGUCGUGUGUGGCUAUCUCCCCACCUUGAAUGAAGAAGAGGAGUGGACUUGUGCCGACUUCAAGUGCAAACUUUCGCCCACUGUGGUUGGCUUGUCCAGCAAAACUCUGAGGGCUACAGCCAGCGUGAGGUCCACGGAAACUGUCGAAAGUGGAUACAGGUCUUUCAAGAGGAGCGAUCCUGUUAAUCCAUAUCAUGUAGGCGCUGGCUACGUGUUUGCACCAGCCACCAGCGCCAACGACAGUGAGAUAUCCAGUGAUGCACUGACUGACGAUUCCAUGUCCAUGACGGAUAGUAGCGUAGAUGGAAUCCCUCCUUAUCGUGUGGGGAGUAAGAAACAGCUCCAGAGAGAAAUGCAUCGCAGCGUGAAGGCCAAUGGCCAAGUGUCUCUACCUCAUUUCCCGAGAACCCACCGCCUGCCCAAGGAGAUGACCCCCGUGGAACCUGCCACCUUUGCGGCCGAGCUGAUCUCAAGGCUGGAGAAGCUGAAGCUGGAGCUCGAGAGCCGCCACAGCCUGGAAGAGCGCUUGCAGCAGAUCCGAGAGGAUGAAGAGAAGGAGGGACCGGAGCUCGCAGUGAGCUCGCGGGAUGGGGCGCCCACCCAGCACCCCCUCUCCCUCCUGCCCUCCGGCAGCUACGAGGAGGACCCGCAGACGAUUCUGGACGACCACCUGUCCAGGGUCCUCAAGACCCCUGGCUGCCAGUCNCCGGGCAUGGGCCGCUACAGCCCCCGCUCCCGCUCCCCGGACCACCACCACCACCACCAGCAGUACCACUCCCUCCCCCCGCCCGGGGGCAAGCUGCCCCCCACGUCGGCCUCGCCGGGCGCCUGCCCGCUCUUCGGGGGCAAGGGCUUCGUGACCAAGCAGACAACGAAGCACGUCCACCACCACUACAUCCAUCACCACGCCGUCCCCAAGACCAAGGAGGAGAUCGAGGCGGAAGCCACGCAGAGGGUGCGCUGCUUCUGCCCUGGGGGCGCCGAGUUUUACUGCUAUUCAAAAUGCAAGAGCCACCCCAAGGCUCUGGAGCCCAUGCCGGGCGAGCAGUUUGGCGGCAGCAGAGGCAGUACCUUGCCCAAACGAAAUGGGAAAGGCACGGAGCCGGGCCUGGCCCCGCCGGCCAGGGAAGGAGGGGCCCCCAGCGGAUGUGUGGCCAGUCAGCAGAGAGACAGGAACCACUCGGGCACUGUUCAGGCAGGAGCCAUGCCCUUCUCCAACCCAUGUCUGGCUCCAGAAGAUCACAAAGAGCCAAAGAAACUGGCAGGUGUCCACACCCUCCAGGCCAAUGAGUUGGUCGUCACUUACUUUUUCUGUGGAGAAGAAAUUCCAUACAGGAGGAUGCUGAAGGCUCAAAGCUUGACCCUGGGCCACUUUAAAGAGCAGCUGAGCAAAAAGGGAAAUUACAGGUAUUACUUCAAAAAAGCAAGCGACGAGUUUGCCUGUGGAGCAGUUUUCGAGGAGGUCUGGGACGACGAGACCGUGCUCCCGAUGUACGAGGGCAGGAUUCUGGGCAAAGUGGAGAGGAUCGACUGA